AUGCAUACUUCAGUUCAAACCAGGCAAAGAUGGAUCAAGGAGCUACUUGAAGGACAUCCACAACACUUUCAACGUGCCAUGGGAAUGUCAAAAUUUGUCUUCAAGAAGCUCAUACAUGCAUUGACAAUGCACUGUGAUCUCAGGGCAACAAGACAUGUAUCUGUGGAAGAACAGGUCUGUAUUUUCCUCCUAAUUGCAGUCACUGAGAUAGGGAACCAUGAGCACCAAGAUAGAUUUCAAAGGAGCAAGGAGACUAUCUCAAAGUAUGUCAUCAUGGCAUUAUAUUUUACUGCUCACUGA